AUCCUAGCGUUUCUAAUUCAAAUAUGACUACCACGUAUACUCUUUCACGUGAGUCCCACAAGGACCCCAACACCUUCAGGAUCAAGUACAAAGAUGCGAAACUCGUGUUGGACGACCGUGAACAAUCCAAAUGGUAUAUCGAUAAAUCCAUCCCCGUCAAAGAAACUUCCAGCAAAGUCGCCAUCAUUGGUGGUGGCUUCUCGGGUAUUGGUGCCGCCAUGACCACCAUCAACAAACUCGGCGAGUCCGACCUUGUCUUGUUUGAAAAACACGAACUGUUGGGAGGAACUUGGUUUGCCAACACCUACCCGGGAUGUGCCAGUGAUAUUCCAGCAUUGUGGUACUCGUACACAUCCGAAUUGGUCAGCAACUGGUCCGAGUUACGUCCUCCGCAAUACGAGAUGCUCGAGUACAUUCGUCGAGUGGUGGACCGUUACCAGUUGAACUCCAAGGCCCGGUUGAAAUCCCAGAUCCAGCAGGCCACCUUCAACGAAAAAACCAACCACUGGGAAAUCGAGGGUUUCAACCUCGCCACCGGUGAACGCUUCAAGCACACGGCCCAGAUCAUCUGUAAUUGCUCGGGUGGCUUAGUGGUACCCAAUAAGUUUGCACCCAAAGGCAUGGAAACUUUCAAAGGUGACUAUAUGCAUUCGGGAAUCUGGGACUGGUCUGUAGAUUUCAAGGGAAAGAAGGUGGUGGUGAUCGGAAACGGUUGCUCAGCUGCUCAGGUGGUGCCCGAGUUAUUGAAGUUUGAACCGGAGUCUGUGGUGCAGUUGGUGAGGUCCCAGCACUAUAUUCUUCCUCCACACCCUCGGUUUUUGUUGUAUUUGUAUAACUUACUUUCCAGAUGGGGAUUUGGCUUGUUGUUGCUCCGUUGGAUUGUGAUGAUUGUGGCAGAACUGAGAUAUCCCAUGUACAAAGACACGGGGUUGGUUGGUCGCUUUGUUAGGUGGUGGAACACUCGUAACAGUGUGAGGUAUAUGCGAAAGACUGUUCCCAAGAAGUUCCACGACGUUUUGAUUCCCAAGUACAAGAUUGGCUGCAAACGGUUGAUUUUCGACUACGUUUACUGUCCGACUUUACACGAUCCUCGGAUAGACGUGAAGGCCGAACAGGUGGUAGAAGUCAAAGAGCAUUCAGUGAUUUUGACAGAUGGACUGGAAAUACAGGCAGAUAUUAUUGUGGCGUGUACUGGGUAUGACCUUAACAAGGGUGCAGCUCCUUAUAAAUUGAUCGGCAGAAAUGGUAAUGAUGUAAGUAAAUACUGGAAAGAAAAUGGUCCUUCUGCGUACGAGACGUUCUUGGCCAAGGACCUUCCCAACUUGUUUUUGAUUGCCGGACCCAACUCAGCUUCAGGCCAUUCAUCCGUGGUGCAGGCCAUUGAGAUUUCCUGUGGCUACUACGCCAAAGUGGCCAAAAAGAUUUUGGAUGGCACCUAUGCCUCUAUUUGUGUUAAAGACGAAAAGUACCUUGAAUGGUUUGAAACUACUCAAAAGUUGUUGAAACAAUCAGUGUUUGGAACUGCUUACGGAGGGUGUGUUUCAUGGUACUCGGAUGCAAAAGUCAACUUUGCUGCUUAUCCAUAUAGUCAGAUUACUUAUUUCCGGAGAGGUAGAAAUGUGAAGUGGGAUGAUUUGGAUUUGGUCAAGACGAAGAACAGUUGAGUAAUUAGAGUAGUGAAUACAAAUUGUUAAAGACUAGUUGAUAGU